GGGGCUAAGGGGAGGACUCUGCGCCAUGUGCUGGGGACCGAGCAGGCGCCUGCAAUCUGCCCCCCGUGCAGCAUAUUAGAAAUGUGCAGCUUGGGCUGGUCCCGAGCGCCUCGGCCUGUUCUUCCUUCCCCCCGACUGCGUGCCUAGAGGGGACCGGAGACAGCCCUGCAGGAGAGAAAAGCCCACAGUCCCGGCUGAGCCUCUCCCACCCGCCCCCAGGGAGAUGAAGCUGCUUCGCAAUAACCUGCCCAUGCUUGUAACCAUGGAGAUACUGAGUAAUGCAAACACCCAUUUUGCUCUUGAUCUGUUUAGAAAGUUGAAUGAAACCAACCCAACAGGAAAUAUCUUCUUCUCGCCAGUCAGUAUUUCUGCUGCACUGGCCAUGGUCCUUUUAGGGGCUAAAGGUAACACAGAGACACAGCUGUUGAAGACCCUUCAUUUUGAUGUUGUUGAAGAGCUUCAUUCAAGAUUUCAGACCCUGACCUCUGACAUAAACAGAAGUGGAGCUUCCUAUCUGUUGAAGCUUGCCAAUCGGCUUUAUGGAGAGAAGACCUACGGUUUUUUAGCAGACUUCUUGACUAAGACUCAGAAAUUAUAUGGAGCUGAUUUAGCUACGGUUGAUUUUCUACUUGCUUCAGAUGAAGCAAGGAAAGAAAUUAACCAGUGGGUAGCAGAGCAGACUGAAGAUAAAAUCCCCAACCUGUUGUCUGAGGGCUCAGUUAAUAAUAUGACCAAACUAGUGUUGGUCAAUGCUAUUUAUUUCAAAGGAAAUUGGGCUGAGAAAUUUAAAGAAGCAAACACGAAACCAAUGCCAUUUCGGUUAAAUAAGAAUGAAAGAAAGACAGUGCAAAUGAUGUAUCAGAAAGAGAACUAUCCUUUUGGGUACAUCUCUGAACUGAAAUGUCGUGUGCUAGAGCUUCCCUACGAUGGAAAAGAACUUAGCAUGAUCAUCUUGUUACCUGAUGACAUUGAUGAUAACUCCACUGGACUCCAGCAGCUAGAGAAGCAAAUCACCUUAGAAAAGCUCCAGGAAUGGACACAGCCACAAAAUAUGCAUCCCAUUGAUGUUCAUGUGCAUCUGCCUAAAUUUAAGCUGGAAGACAGCUAUGACCUUGGAUCAGAUUUAUCAGGUCUGGGCCUGCAGGAUAUAUUUGACAGUGGCAAGGCUGACUUGUCUGGAAUGUCAGGCGCACGAGACCUCUUUCUAUCUAAAAUUGUACACAAGUCUUUCAUAGAAGUGAAUGAAGAAGGCACAGAAGCUGCAGCUGCCACUGCUGGCAUUGCUAUGUUCUGCAUGCUUAUGGAAGAGGAUUUCAAGGCUGAUCACCCUUUCCUUUUCUUCAUCCGUCACAACUCAACACGAAGCAUACUUUUCUUUGGCAGGUAUGCUUCGCCAUAAAAGAGAAGACAGAGCUACAGUUAAGGACCUGAUUGAAUUUCCACUUAAACCAGUGGGAACCUGUAAUUAUGUUCUUACUAAUUUUCAUUGAAAUUCUGCAUUUCACAAUAAAAUCAUGACUCAGAAAUUGAUACCUAAGAUCCUUCCUGGGCUUCUUUGCCAAUUCCUUAGCACUGAUAUCUGUUUGUGUACAGUAAAAUCUGCCUUAUGCAAUGACUUGCAGGGCUGACAAAGUCUGGUUGCUCAACAUGGUUGAUCUUUUAAUAAAGGUGGACCAGAAUUGAACAUAGUGCUUUUGGGGAUUCUUUGAGACGGUUACUUGAGUCAGAAAAUUCCCUAAAGUAUGAAUGUCCUCUUGUGUGGGUUUUGCCAUAUUACUGUGAACUGGCUGUGACUUCCUUUUUGUGUAAUUCCCCUCUCUGCUGACUUUGAUCCAGUAAUUCAAUGUGCUUGC